GAGCAAAUAAAACACAAGCUCACAGACCUUCUGGGCUUGAAGCAUUGACCACUAAUGCCAAACAAAAAACUUUGUUUAUUUAAUUGUUUAAUUAUUCUUUAAAUUAAAUUUAUUUACUGGAGUUGGAAUACAAUAUCUAACUGAAGACAAUACAUAAGAUGGCCAGACCUCAUGAUACCGAGACUGAAACUAUGGAGGUAGCAUACAAAGUCUUUAAUGACCCCAUCCACGGACACAUUGAACUCCACCCGCUGCUGGUCAAAAUCAUAGACACACCUCAAUUCCAAAGACUGAGGAACAUCAAGCAGCUCGGAGGGGCAUACUACGUUUUCCCCGGAGCAUCUCAUAAUCGCUUCGAGCAUUCCAUUGGAGUUGGGUACCUGGCUGGAGAGCUUGCUAAAUCUCUGCAAAAGAAACAGCCUGAACUGAAGAUCAAUGACAGAGAUAUCCUCUGUGUGCAAGUCGCUGGCCUCUGCCAUGAUCUGGGACACGGACCUUUCUCUCAUCUGUUUGAUGGGAUGUUCAUUCCUAAAGUACUUCCAGCAUCCGAUUGGACGCACGAGCAGGCAUCGCUAACCAUGUUUGAUCAUCUGAUUGAUGAAAACCAAUCGGAGCUGGAGAACGUGGAUGGCUGGCAGGUGCUGUCAAACAAUAAAGAUUUCAUCAAGGAGCUGAUCGUUGGGAGACAAAGAAUGGGGCCAUACAGAGACAAGUCUUUCCUGUAUGACAUCGUGGCCAACAAAACGAACGAAAUCGAUGUGGAUAAAUUUGAUUACUUUGCGAGAGACUGCCACCACCUGGGCAUGAAGAAUAACUUUGACCACGACCGCUUCAUCAAGUUCGCCAGGGUGUGUGAGGUGGAUGGGGAGUACCAAAUCUGUACCAGGGACAAGGAAGUGGGCAAUCUGUAUGACCUUUUCCACACAAGAAACUCUCUCCACAGAAGAGCUUACCAGCACAAAGUAAAAAACUGUGUUGAGGUCAUGAUCAACGAGGCAUUUGCAUUGGCAGACACACACCUCACAUUCAUGGGGGGAGUGGAACCGAUGAAGAUGUCCAAAGCUAUAGAUGACAUGGUGGCAUACACCAAGCUGACUGACAACGUCUUCGAACUGAUCCUCUUUUCUACCUCAACGGAGCUGGAUGGAGCCAGGGAUAUCCUGAGGGAUAUCCUCAGCCGUCGCCUCUACAAGUGUGUGGGCCAGUUCUAUUCAGCAAAAGACUGGAACGAGGAUACAGAGGAUAUGCGUCCUGAGUUGAAUGGUGACCAGGGCAAUGAGCCGGAGCCAGAAAAGAUCAUUGAAAAUGCAAUCCGUCGUAAUUUGGAAGGUGACCAGGGCAAUCCCCAGGGCUAUAACCUGAGCCACAACGAGAUCAUUGUCAAGGUUACCAAGAUGAACUAUGGCAUGGGGAAGAAGAAUCCCAUCGAUCACGUACGUUUUUACCGCAAGAGUGCACCCAACAGGGCCUUCAAGAUCCCCAGGGGCCAGGCGUCCAGGCUCAUCCCAAAACACUUUCAGGAGUGGUUGAUCCAGGUGUACUGUAAGAGGAAUGAUGAGGUGAGCCUGGGGACGGCCAGGGAGCGCUUUGAACGGUGGUGCAACGCUCAGAAUGAACAAGAAGAGCAGGAAGACAAUGAAGGCCCAAACUAAACUUAAGUUUGGAAAGAACCAAAAAAAACAAGAUUUGGGGCAUUUAAUAUUAAUUUGUUGAAGUGUUCUUUUUCAUUUUCAAAGUUUGAACGUUUUCCUGAAUAAUAAUAAUAAUAAGAAGAAGAAGAAGAAUUUUGGGUAGAUUUGUCCUUUGUUUGGGUUACUAAGGUAUACAUACCACCACGUUGAUACAUUGUGGGUUGAAAAAAAAAGAUAUAUUCCGUCUACGUUCAUGUUUAGUGCUCUUUUCAAAGAUAUAUUACGAUAAUGUUGUAUUAAGGGCUCAGGAGUAGGGUUUCGAAGACCGCUUGCUGUUUUGCUAAUCUGUGAAAAUAAAGGUUAACUGAAAAGCAUAUUUUUUCAAGAUAGAAAGGCUGGGGCGAACAUUGUGAUAAAUGGUGAAAAAUAAAUAAACGGCUUUGUCCUCAAUGUCUAAAUGUUUCCUUUGUAACCACCAGAGGGCAGCAUGACCGUGCGUGUCUCCAAGAAGGCAGUCAUCCGUGGUCACCUGUUAAACGUUUCCUAUUUUGAAACAACUUUAUAAGUACGUCAAUAUGUAUUUAAACGUUUUUUAACAAAAUGAAAAAGGUGUGUAGACUAGUUGGGCUAUAAUAAACCUAUUGUAUUGUU